AUGGUCCUAUCGCGAUUGGUCCCAAGGCCGUGGCACUUGGGCACCAUGCUGUCGGUCGUGCUGGUGCUUUUGGGCACAUGUGCCAGAAGCUCGGCCGGCAGGUCUCUGCUCUAUUACCAAAAGGCCCCUGGACGUCUUUCCCCCGACCCCGGGGCCACAGUCCGACAGCUCCUGUUGCCCGGCCUGGCCGAGGCUCGCUGGGUCCGCGCCGAUGGCAAGGUAUACUAUUCUGACCCGUCCAAUAUUGACUUCACCACCCUGGGGGAAGACCGCCUCGGGGCGGCUUUCCCGUUUCCAGUGGACAUGAUUUCGAAUGGGCAUUCCUUUCCGACCUCUCCGAGCCACUCCUUGCACCAUGUCCCGAGCCUGGUUGACGACCGCGGCGUGGUGGUUUUCUCUGCCACCAAGAUGUCCUUCUAUGCGAAUGACGGAUUGCUGGGUGAGCAUGAGGACAGCCAAUUGGAGAGACUACUGGCCGCCGUCCAAGCCGAGCAACAAGCCGUGAGUGUGCUCUUCGGAAAGGCAGACGAGAACAUAUACUUCGGCCUCAUCGAUCACGCUACAUCCCCACCGAUUUUGCUUUCGACUCUGGGCUCUUCUGAACCGGAAUUCCGAGCUUCUCUCGGCCUCGGUCCCGUCUUCCAUGUGGUCAACAAUCAGGCAUAUUUCCGCGUGGAUGCCCUCACCGGGGAGGUGCAAAGGGAUUCCCUCAGCGAUGUCGAUCGCAUUCUUCAAGUCUUGCCGACGCGGCUGGUCUCCACCGAUCCCGACAGCCAGGAUGUGGUCUUUCUGCUGAACAGUGGGAGCAUUUGCAUUUGCAUCGAUUGGCAGCCAUCCGGUAACUGUCCCUCCCAGGGGGCAUCCAUCACCAUUGCCCUGACGGAUGUAGGAGCCUCCACAUCCGGGGAGUUGUUGAAUCCCCCGCCACAGGCCCUCGCUCAGGGUCUUUCCUACUUGCUUUACCAUGAUCCGGGAACAAGCGCCGUCUGGCGCUUUGAUCUUCACCCCGAUGGGACACACAUUACCAAACAUCAAGAAAUUGUCCUUGCAGGAAUGUCAGGCUUCCCGUCUGUCGGAAAUCUGCGCCUAUUGGCUUUCAGGCACACGGGUUCGGCCGAAGAUUGGGUCUUGUCGGAUGGGGAGUUUGUCCACUUUGACCCGAAUGCCUUCCGGUGCCAGGAAGACCCGUCCAUUGUGUGUGACGAUGAGAGCCGGUCGUCUGCCCAGGGCUGGUCAUGCGCUGAGGGAAGGGUGCUGGCGCCGUUCGAUUCGCAAGGCCACCUCUGUGGUGGCUGCGAUGACGAGUGGACAAAAACCCGUCGAGAUCCCUUUGAUGAUGGCUACCGCCUCCAUGUGGACACGGACAAUGGGGAUACCAGCUGUCUGGCUGACUGUCCGUCCGACUGGCCGGGCAGUGGUGGGGAUCUCUGCACCCCGCCCGCCAUGGGACGGCUGAGUCUUGCCUGGGGAGGGAUGGACUUCCUUGAGCAGCCGCAUGCCGGCGCUCUGGCGAGUUUGGCAUCCGUCGCGGCCAGCCACCUCGUUUGGUCCCCCUCAUUGGAGAAACUCAUGCUUGAGUUUCCUCUGCCCUCGGCAAAUACCCUGCUUGGUUUUGACCAUGACUCCCAGGUGGUGGAACUGACAAGAGCGACAGAUGGCAACUUUCUCCGCUCGCAGGCCAUUCCUUUCCCCCUGGGUGCCCCUUCCAUUGUGUGGUCUAUGAUGGAAUUGGCCUUGCCCUUGGAUGAAACCGCCUGGCCAGCCCUGGGCAUGGCCAGCUUCCAAUCCAAGGGUGAUAUGGACUGGCCGGGGUGCCAUCUCCGGCGUCUGUCCAGGACACACAUCAGUGUGGAAGCCGGGCCGACCAGCUCCCCGGGCGCGGUCAUUUCCUUCGAUGCAUCCGGCACUCCCUUGGUUGUCCGCCAGCCGGAUACCCAUCGCCAUGCGGCACUCUUCGCCGGGGUGCCGGGCGCCGGUGAUCAACUCCUCUCGGUUGGCGGCCACGUGUCACGGAUUCUGCCCUUGGCGCUGGGCGCGGAUGAUGUCCGACGGAUAGCCCUGCCUGCGGCUGUGGCGGCUGAUCCCCAGGGGUCGCAUGGCUGGUAUGGCAUUUCGGUGGCCGACUUUUCGAAUGAUCGUACGAUUGAAACCUUUCUCAAUGACCUGGUUCCCGAUGGGGAGAGCAUCCUCUGGAGGGUGUUGCAUCUGCCGCUCGGUGGGUUGCCACAUGGCCGAGUGGCCGAGGUGCCUGGAAACACCCAAACCUUGGCCCAGCUACCGAGGGCAUGGGACUCGGCCACGCUUGAGCCGGCCUUCCUGACAGUGGGCCCGCUGAGCGAGGAGUUUCCCGUCAUUUUGCUGAUGGUCAUGCCGGGCGGUCUGGCAGCGGCGCCCUUGCGCUGCAAUCCGGCCGCCAAUCAUCUGUGCUGGCUGAGGCAGGCCAGCUUCCAUGCCUUCCCGGGGGGUGUGCAAGUCGUGCCUGCCGAGGUGACCGUUGCCCAGGUCCAUGGCCCUGCCGCGGUCGGCACUUUGGCAGGGGAGGAGCCCUCCAUCACGAUUGUGUUUCAAGUCGCCACCGGGCCGGCCUGGACCAUGGACAUUCGGCUGGCGGCUUGCCCAGAUGGAACGCACGGGCCGGAAUGCGUCCUUUGUGAUGAGAGCUGCGAGUUGUGCGAUGGCCCGGGGCCGAGUCGGUGCACCGCGUGCAAGCUCCAGCUCCCGGAUGGCGAAUGUGUGGCCUCCUGCCCUCCGGGCAUGGAGGAAGAUGACAACAAGACCUGCACUUGCCCGCCGACCUGUGUCUCUUGCGUGCGGCUGGCCUCCCAGCGGUAUGAAUGCCAACAGUGCCAAGACAAGCUGCACCACUUGCGGGGCUGA